UAGCUCAGUGGUUGACAACGGGGCCUGAAGCUGUGACAACAACGGCUUUUGGACUGUCAUAUGUUGUCUUUCAAAACAUCAUUUUACCUUGUUUGGAUUCAUAUGUAAGACAGGUCAGACAAAUGAAGUGACAAGCAGGAUAUGAUGUCCUCGUUCCAGGUGGUGGGCUCUUCGCCCACCAGUGGCAUUGGUGUCAUGGAAACAUCAAACUUUGCUCAUGUUAUCUUCCAGAACGUUAGGAAGAGUUUCCUGCCCCAGGAGGCACUGGAGUGUCGCUACACCCUCACCUCCUACAUCACCCCCAACCCCAAAGACUGGGUGGGCAUCUUUAAGGUGGGCUGGAACACAGCGAGGGAUUACUACACGUUCCUGUGGUCUCCUAUGCCGGAAAACUACCAACCUGGAAGCACCGUACACAGGGCUGUGGUGUUCCAAGGGCACUAUGUUCCCAAGAGUGACGGGGAGUUCUAUCAGCUCUGUUACGUCACGCACAUGGGUGAUAUCAGAGGCGCCAGUACGCCUUUCCUGUUUCGCCCGGCCACGCCCACCGAGGACUGUCUCACCGUUACCGAGGACGACAGCAACUCAGACAUACUGGUGGUGACCACCAAGAGCAGUGUGCUGGAGCAGCGUGUAGAGGAGGCACAGCAGGAGCGCAGGGAGCUGUUGACGAGAAUGCAUCACCUUCAGGAGGAGAAACAGCAGCUGCAGGAGGAGCACAGGAGGCUGCACAGAGAGAGGGAGCAGGAGAGGGAGACGUGCUACCUUCUACGCACGCACAACCAGGAGCUGCUACGCUCCUCCCAGGGCCUGUCAGAGGAGAGGGGGGAGGUGAGGAGGAGGCUGCAGGAGGCCACAGACCGGGUCAGACAGCUGGAGGAGGACCUACUGGGAGUCACACAGAGGGGACUGCAGAAAGAGACCGAACUGGACUGUCUGAGAGACAGGUUGAAGAAGCUGACAGCAGAAAGAGACAGUCUGGAGACUCAACUGAAGAACGAGAAGGACGAGAGGGACCUCUACAAGGGCCACCUGCGCAGCACGGAGCUGGAGAACACCAAGCUGAGUGCAGAGCUGCAGAUGCUGAAGGCUGUGGAGCUCAAUAGAGAGGUGACCAUCGCUCAGUUCCAGGAAGAACUGGACAGGCUCCGAGCCUGCGUCACUCAGAAGGACCGCCUGGAGAAAGAGCUGCACACACACGCUGUCGACAAGGCUGAGAUGGGUCGUCUGAGGGAGCAGCUUCGCCAGUGUGAAGAGCAGCUCCAGGGAUCUCGCCAGCAGGCCGCCAUGUUGGCGUCGGAACUCCGUGACUCAGCGAACGCCCGCGAUCGCACCAUGACCGAGCUGUACCGCGCCCGCCUAGAGGCCGACGCCCUCCGUGCCAGCCUGGCCGAUGCCCAGGCCGAAUGCCGGAGGAUGGAGACGCAGUUGGACCACAUGAGGACCACCUCCCAGCAGGAAGUGGGUGUGGGGACCUCCAGUGAGGGGGGGUGUGUGGUGUCUGAGGCGGAGGCUGAGCUACAGAGAGAAGUGGAGGAGCUGAAGCUGCGUCUCCACAUGGCCGCUGAGCACUACAAGGAGAAGUACAGGGAGUGUCAGCGGCUCCGCAGACAGGUGGCCAAGAUCAGCGAGGCCCAGGGGGAGGAGCGGGGUGACAUGGGAAGAAACGCUGCCACUGAGAAGACACAGGAGCCACUGACACCCAGUCCAGAGUCACCUACAGAGAGCAUGAGCAUGAAGAUGGAGAGUUGGGUGGAGGUGGAGAAUGAGAGGAAGAGUGCUGAAGAGGUGGAUGAGAGGAGUGUGGAGGAUGAGGGGAAGAGUGUGGAGGAGGUAGAGAAAGAACAGACUCGUUCGGUGGAGUUGGAGCUGGCGAGGAUGGAGGAGAAGUGGGCGGAGCAGUGUGCUAUCAACGAGACGCUUAAGCAGAGACUGGCCAAUGAGGAGGAGCGAUUCAGGAUCCAGAUGGUAGAGAGGGCCAUGGAGGUGACAGAGCUGAAGGAGAGUCUGGCUCAGGCCCUCAGAGAGAAGAACCAACUCAAGGAGGAGCUGCAGCAGUGUCAGGGCCGACAGAGGGAGCAGGAGGCUGAUGGUCAGGGGUCAGAGGUCAAACAGCCUGUGUUGCUGCGCUACCCACUUCCCUACCCCCAAGACCCCUCCCCACCCCCCCUGGUACCCCAGAGACCUGCAGAGCUGCAGUACGGGAACCCCUACUCCACCGACAACACUCGAGACGGGGCAGACGGCGCCCUGUCCCCGGAGCAGAUGCUCCGCCCCCCUCCUGAGGCCCCUGGUGCGUGCGCCCCUCCGGCCACCUCCCCGACCCCGUGUGCAGGUGCAGACUGGGAGAGAGAGGUGGUCUGCAUCCAGCCCUCCUCCUCACGAAGCAUGAGCCCCCCCGACGGACUGGAACACUCCCCCGAGGAGCCACGCAAUGUCGGUGAUGGGGAGCAGCCUGCCUGCAAUCAUCAGGCCAGCUUCUGUUUCGACCCCAGUGGUGAGGUCCACAAGCGCUGUCCGUUGUGCGAGGUGAUCUUCCCGCCCCAUUUUGAGCAGCGUAGCUUUGAGCAGCACGUGGAGAGCCACUGGAAGGUGUGUCCUGUGUGCUCUGAGCAGUUCCCCCUCCACUGCCAUCAGCAGCUCUUCCAGAAGCACGUGCUCACACACUUUGACGGCCAUGUGCUAAACUUCGCCAACAUGGAGUAGCAGGGCAGAUGGGGGUGUGUGUGAAAGGGAAGGUUUGGAUUAAGGGAUGUAAAGAAGAAUAAAGGAACAUUUACUCAAAUGGGGGUCGAGAUGAUUUCAUUCAAAUUUAACUCGGACCAAGAAGGGGGAUUCCAAAUCAAGAUGAGAAAAAUCAAUGGGAGUAAAUUGCACUUUAUGUUGUAAAUUGAAAUUAAAUUAACUCCAGCCCUGGCCUCACACACUUCCACGAGAACAUGCUACCUUUCAAAAACAUCAAGGAGUGUGUGUAUAACUUUGUAUAAGGGGGAGUUUGUCAGUUUAGGGAAAUUACAAAAAAAAUAUGUUUUGCGUGAGGUUUCGGAGCCUUGGAGCUCUUUGGUUUUGUCCCAUGUUGAUGAUAUCAUCACUGCAUGUGUUUAGUAUCUGUAGGAUUCAUCUGCGUUAAUCAGCCUGUCAAUAGUAGCUACUUUACAAGACUUCAUUUUCUGUUUCUGUUCCCAGUCACAUGUAGAAACAGGUGACAUCCAGGGAUGGGAGGGAGAGUAGGAUCAGGUGACAUCCAGGGAUGGGAGGGAGAGUAGGAUCAGGUGACAUCCAGGGAUGGGAGGGAGAGUAGGAUCAGGUGACAUCCAGGGAUGGGAGGGAGAGUAGGAUCAGGUGAUAUCCAGGGAUGGGAGGGAGAGUAGGAUCAGGUGAUAUCCAGGGAUGGGAGGGAGAGUAGGAUCAGGUGACAUCCAGGGAUGGGAGGGAGAGUAGGAUCAGGUGACAUCCAGGGAUGGGAGGGAGAGUAGGAUCAGGUGACAUCCAGGGAUGGGAGGGAGAGUAGGAUCAGGUGAUAUCCAGGGAUGGGAGGGAGAGUAGGAUCAGGUGACAUCCAGGGAUGGGAGGGAGAGUAGGAUCAGGUGACAUCCAGGGAUGGGAGGGAGAGUAGGAUCAAGUUGCCCCUAGACACUAAUGGUCAGUUUUGCGUUUUCCCUCUAAUGGUUAAGGUUAGGAUUUGGUUUAUCUGAUCCUGCAUCUGUGGGUUGGGGAAACUUCUACCGUGGAGAGGGGGGGGUUAGGAUCUUGGGAGGAGAUAUGUGGUCUUCAAGCACCUCCAGCCCAAUGUACAGUAUGAGUCAAACUCUUGUCAGCAAAAGACGUCAGACGGUUAAUUAAAAAUAAUUAGCACUAUUGUUUGAAUUUGACAAUGUAUAGUGUGUGUGUGUGUGUGUAUGUAUGUGUGUAACUGGGUGGUUCAAGCCCUGAUAGCUGUGCUAUAUUAGACCGUAUACCACAGGUAUGGCAAAACAACUAUUUUUACUGCUCUAAUUACGUUCAUAACCAGUUUAUAAUAGCAAUAAGGCACUUCAGGGGAUUGUGAUGUAUGGCCAAUAUACCAAGGGCUGUGUCCAGGCACUCCGCGUUGCGUCGUGCAAAAAGAAUGACCCUUAGUCGUGGUGUAUUGGCCAUAUACCCCCUCGGGCCUUAUUGCUGAAAUAAAAAUAUAUAUAUAUGAGAAGUAGAACUAUUAUGGAGAAAUGUUUCAAUUGCUGUUGUGACAAUGUUUUAGUAAUGACAGUGAUGUUUUACUUCCUGGUCUCCAUUCACUGGAUAGGCUAAUAUUCUCCUGGCCAUUCUGCUUCAGUUGAUUGGAGGGAAGGUAACUGGAAAUAUGAACGCUAUAGAAAACUACUGGACUCUUGGCUAUGGACUCUUUCACCGUGUUAAGAUUCUAACGAUUGCCAUCUUUACUUCCUUUGUUUGGGUCAAAGUAAGUUUAUUUUGCGCGUGUCUCUUGAUUCCUGUCAUCUACUGUCAGUCUGAGAUUUUACUGUUCUUUCAAUGUGACCACAGUGCUGUACUUUUGGCUUCAAAAGUUGCACACGUGUGUCUGUCAUGUCCAAAUGCGGCCCUUUGAAAGUGUGUGGGUGUAGGUUUGUAUGUGAGCAUUAAAAAUAAAGUACGCUUGUCAAAUGGA